ACAAAUCUCAAUCAUCAGUCCCGAAAAUGUCAGCAAUUGUGUACAAAAUUAAUGAAGUUUGGAGAACCUGCAACAAGAUUCGAACCUUAUUAGCAAAAAAUAUCAUCGAUAUUAAAGAAAAGUUUCAGUCAAUAGCUUAUAGUGACUUUAUCUCAUCCUCAAAGUUUCUAACAGUCAUUAACAGCUUGAGCAGUGAAUUGGAACUGACCCACGAUGAAACAGUCAACUUGGUUCAAUUCUUUGCAAAUGACAAGGAUCAAAUAAAUUACAAGAAGUUUCUUGAAGUUCUUCAGCCAAGUUUGGACUGUGAUAAUGGAAAUAAGCAGUUUGUGAGUGGUUUGGAAUGGGAAGAUCCAAUGCACAUCAAUGUGCUGUCACAAUUUGAGCAUCGACAAGUCAACAUGAUUCUCACGAAAAUUGCACAUAGUUGUCGACUUAAAGAUAUCAUUUUUGAGCCGUACUUUCUUGACUAUGAAAUGAUGUCCAAAAAUGAUGGAACAAUCACUAUUACUCAUUUUCGUCGUGUCUUGAAUUUCCUUGGAAUAACUUUGGGUUCCAAAGAGUUUCGAUUGCUUGUCAAGAAGUUUAUGAAGCAUAACUAUACAGUCAAUUACGUUGGAUUUAUAGAAGCUAUUAAGAAUAUCCUCAAAUGGUUCAAUGAGAAUGGUCACGUUGAAUGUUCAAUGGAAUCAGAAUGCUAUCCAGGCAAUAUCAUCAUCUGUGACUACCAAAAUCUACCACGUCCAGAAUUCAACUUAGUUGCUGAAAUAAAUGGAAUCGACAGACCUUGCCAUCCAUGUCAAAGUCAAAAGAAAGGCGAUGCAAGUUUUGAGGACUUGAUGCUUAGAAUUAAGAAGCACAUCUUGGACAAUUGCAUUAGAACUAAGGAAUUCUUUGAAAAAUUCGACUGCUUAAGACGUGGAUUUAUCACAACAGCUCAAUUUUUGAGAGGUCUUGAUGCUAUUGGAGUUUCUGGACUUCAUAGAUUGUAUAUUGCACAACAUGAUGUCAUAAAGAUUUUGAAGAAUUAUGAGGAUCCACUGGAUGUUGAUAGAAUUAAUUGGAAGAAGUUUUGUGAUGAUAUUGAUGAAGUUUUCGAGAUUAAAAAUCUACAUAAACAGCCUUACAGACUCGUAGAAUGUCCACCAACAGAAGUGAAAACCCUCAAUCGUCCAGGAACAGCAGAUUGGGAAUGUAUACCAAUAUCAACCAAGCAAUUAGCUCAAGAAACAGUUUUCAAACUCAGAAAAAUCAUCGAAGGUCGUCAAAUCCUGAUUGAGCCAUUCUUCAGAGACUUUGAUUCCAAUAAUUACAAGCAUGUCACGAAAUGUCAAAUGAGACGAGUUUUUUCGAUGAACUCGAUUGUGUUGUCAGAUAAGGAAAUUUUGGCACUAAUGGCUAGAUAUGGAAAUGACAUGGGAUUCAACUAUAUGAAGUUUUUGAGAGACAUUAAUGAGGUUUACUUCUGUGAAUCUAAACACGAAAAACUGUUGGAAAUGUUAAGGAAAAUCAAUGAAAUUCCAGUACCGCCAUGCACACAUCCAGAACGAACAAUUAUUGAGGUUUUGGCUAAGAUUAAAGGUGAAAUUUGCAGGAAAAGGAUCAACUUGGACAUGUUUUUGAAGAAUGGACAGAAAUUUGCUAAGGAUGAGCUUCCAGUCAGUGAUUUUCGAAGGAAUUUUAGUGCUGCUGGGAUUAUACUUGAGGAUUGUGAAUUAGACAUUGUCUGUGACUCCUGCCGAAUUCCAUCAAAACCUGACUGUGUCAACCACAAGCUCUUUAUUGACAUCAUGAAUGAAGCUUUUACACAAAUAGGACUCGAAAAGCAGCCUCUACGAAGGCCAAUUCCAUUGAUUCCAACCCGAGAAGAUUCAUUAAACUUUUUGAAUUUCGAGGAACGAUUUGUGGUGUCGCAUGCACUCCAAAAAUUGUCAAAAUAUCCUGAUGAUGUGUCCAAUUUGAGCUCAUUCUUGACUGAUUAUGAUGGAAAAUCAGGAUAUGUUACAAUUACAAACUUUCAGCGUGGUUUAAAGACUUGUGGAUUGAUUGAACUUUUGACUGAUCGGGAACUAAAUGUGCUGUGUAAAUGCUUUUCUGUUGAGCGGGGAAACUGCAGAUUUUUUGACUUUAAAAAUUUAAGCUUUGUGACUUCCGAGAUUAAUAAAAUGCAGUGAGUAGAAAUUUAAAAUUUUAUAACUUAACAACUCUUAAAAAUUUGAAACUAC